AUGGAUUCCGAACCUGCUGCUCCGUCACCGAACCCCAAACCAAACCUACCAACCCCAAGUAACGCCGUUAUUUCCUCCAAACCAAAACAACGAGACUUAUUAACCCAUUUGGAAGCUUACCUCGCCAAACGUGACGGCGUCGACAAGCUUCUCAAGAUUUGCCGUUACGUCGCGAAGCUGAUCGUCGCUUCGUCCGUCCUACCUUUGGACCCGAACCUCUCCCACCGUCUCAAAAGCUUUGAAUCUAGCGUCGGCGUGAGUCGGAAAGCUUUCCGGCUCGGGAAAUUUGUUCAAGACCUCAACGCGCUUCGUAACACGCGCGUGGAUUCCACGACCGAGUUGAUCCUCUCCGUGAUCGCUUACGGUAGCGAGGGAUUAUACUUUUUUGUUGAGCAAUUCGUUUGGUUAGCGAAAACCGGUUUGAUCGAUCCGAAGCGUUCGAAAAUUUUGACGAAGGUAAGCGCUUAUGCGGAACUCGUUGGUUAUUUCGGUAGUGUGACGGUGAAAUUUAGGGAUUUGGGGGUUAUUGUUGAGGAAGAGGGUUGUUUGAAAUCUAGCAUUGAGAUUGAGGGUUUGAGAGGUGAUGAUUUCGGAGAGAAAGAAUUGAAGUUAGCUAAAUUGAGAGAGAAGAAAUUGAUGAAGAGGUUCUCAAUUGUUCAGGAUUUGGCUGAUGGAUUGAUGGCUUUGGAUGAUAUUUUGGACGGGAAUGCGCCGUUUUCGAAACCGAUUGUGCUGUCUUCUGCAGGGCUUUUAUCAGCACUCAUUAGCACUCACAAGAAUUGGGUCUCUUGCUGA